AUGAAAUUGCUAUCGCAAAUUUAUCUGUCGAUAUUUAUUCAACAAUUACGAACGUUACUCGUUGUCGUCGCGAAAGAAACAUGUACAAUGGCCAAAUUUGUUUGUUACCAAUGUGAUUCACGUGUGGACGACUAUUGUAAUGAUCCGUUCAAAAUAACUCGUGCUAAUCGUACAGUGGAAUGUUCUGAUUAUUGUGUGAAAUUCUUUCAUUUCGAUGGGACAUCAACCAAUCAAACAUUUGUACGCCGAGGCUGUUUGAACGACUAUUUUCUUUAUCGUUUACCCAAAAUCGAUGAUACGUUUGAAUUAUUCACAAUCGAUCAAGCAACUGACUGUGAAGUGCAAGCCGAAAAAAACACGGCACACGAAAUUUCGUUCGGCAACAGCACGAUCGUUGGUUGA